AUGUUGCACACGCACUUGUGCCUGCCUGUUCUGCUCCUACUGGCGACGCCCACCCUUGUCUCUAGCUGGUCUCGGCCUCCGUGGUACCAAGUGGGACUAGACUUGCAGCCCUGGGGGUGCCAGCCCAACAAUGCAGAUGGCUGCGAGGUCAGCCUGGGCUGUCCCGGCCGUUGGAUGGGCCUGGGGAUGAACCACAUCAGCUCAGUAGCCUGGGUGACCUUGGCCACCUCCGUGGUGCUGGUACUGAGCCGUACUGUGUGGUGGCGGCACACGGAGACCCAGAGCGAGCUUUCAAAGGUGACCAUGGACCCCAAUGCAUCCAGGAAACGUCGGGUCCCCAUCUCCGACCGCGCAAUCCUCCUUAGGGUCUUACAUAUGUUGGAUGCCCUCCUGAUCCAUAUCGAGUGCCACCUGCAGCAUCUGGCCACCGAGCGGCAGGCUCAAAUAAAAGUGAUUCCUGCCCAGUGA